GCUAAUUUGAAAGUCAAGGCGAAGAAAAAAGUCGCUUACCACAAUAAAAACAAGCUUGAAGCGCAAAACAAUUGAUCCCCAAAGUAAAAACCGGUGUCGUGUUACCCUCUUUCCAAUAUUACUUUUAUAAAGUUUACAUCUACAUGGAGAAAUAAAAAGUUGGAGAAUUUUGGCUAACCUAUAACAAUGUUUCGCAUACCGGUUUCGAGUAAAUUGGUUCACCAAAAAGCCUGGGUACGGGCGAAUUCUUCGAGCAGUUUCAUAAGGAAUAGUUUUAUUGAUUAUUUUGUUAACAAUCAUGGGCAUAAGCACGUCAAGUCCAGUUCUGUGGUGCCUCUGUGUGACCCUUCAGUGCCCUUCGUUAAUGCUGGGAUGAACCAGUUUAAAGGAGUAUUUCUGGGUAGAGUAGAGCCACCGUGCCCGCGAGCUGUGAACUCACAGAAGUGUGUGCGUGUGGGGGGGAAGCACAACGACCUGGAUGUGGUGGGGGUUGAUGGUCACCAUCACACAUUCUUUGAGAUGCUCGGUAACUGGUCUUUUGGGGACUAUUACAAGAAAGAAGCUUGUCAAAUGGCCUGGGACCUGCUGCUGGGACCUUACAGGCUGAAACCUGAGAACUUACUAGUGACCUACUUCUCAGGGGAUGUUAUUCUCAAUCUCACUGAAGACAGGGAGUGCAGGGACAUUUGGAAGGAAAUUGGUGUACCAGCAAGCCACCUUAGGGCACAGAACGCAGCAGAUAACUUCUGGGAGAUGGGCGCGACGGGUCCGUGUGGUCCCUGCACCGAGAUACACCACAUCAACCCUGAUGGAAGCCUCACUGAGAUCUGGAAUAUUGUCUUUAUACAGUGCAACAGACAAUCUGACGGCUCCGUGACGGGUCUCCGUCGGCAGCACGUGGAUACCGGCAUGGGGCUGGAGCGCAUGGCGGCGCUGCUGCAGGCAGUGCCUUCCAACUACGACACCGACCUGUUCCGACCCAUCAUCAGUGCUAUCGAGAAGAACAGCGUUGGUGUCCCGGAGUACAGCAGUAGGUACGGCGCAGACGCAUCCCUGGACGCGGCGUAUCGGCGGCUGGCCGACCACGCGCGCAUGAUCAGCGUGUGCCUCGCCGACGGGGUCUUCCCGGCUAAUAGCCUAAACCUGAAACAGAUACUCCGAAAAUCCUUUAAGAUGUCGUCAGAAAUAUUCCAAAACAAGAACUUACUGUUCACACUAUACGACGAAGUCGCCGCAACCCUGGGAGCAGCUUACCCGGAGCUGAUUAGCAAGGAAAAGGACGCCAAGCUGAUCUUAGCUCACGAACAGGACUCGUAUGACCGGUUGAAGAGUAACAUGGCUAAGAAGUGGAAGGACUUGGUGAGGCAGUAUCCAGAGGUUGAAGCCUUUAGUGAUGUGGAGAUGGCUGGGUUCGCGCAAGGAUAUAAGGAGUUUAAAGAGACAAUGUCAAAACAAACGACGAACGUCAUGCCAGGAGAACUCGUCUUCAAACUGUACGACACGCACGGUUUCCAAGAAGACAUCAUAGAACGAAUAGCCAAACAGAACAACUUGGACAUCGACAAGAAAACGUUCUGGAAACUUCUCGCCCAACACAAGGCCAAACACAAGACUGCUCUUAAAGAACAAUCGUCCAACAAAGGUCUCCUAUUCGACAAAGCGAUAGAAAAACUCGUCAAGAAACGUUACAAGUCUACUAACGAUCUUCCGAAAUAUGAUUACGCUAAUAAAUCCGGCAAAAUCACCUUCCCAAGUUUAAGAACCAAACUUGUUGCUAUUCUCAACGAAGAUAUUACAUGGAUAGACUGCCUGGAUCCAGCUGAAAACAAACCUUAUUACCUAGUAACUGAAAGCACAAAUUUCUACUGCGAAGAAGGAGGACAGGCAUCCGAUAGCGGUGUUAUACGGCUAAAAGAAGGUGUGACAUUUAACGUGGACAAUGCAUUUAAAAUUAGAGACUUCGUAUUUCAUAAAGGUUAUUUCCAUAUUCAUCCAAAGUGUGUUAAACCUUACGUUUUGUGUGACGACGAAGUUGAAAUGUCAAUUGACAGUGAGAAAAGACUGAAUAUUAUGAAGAAUCAUACAGCAGUGCAUCUGUUGAACGCUGCUAUAAGGAAAGCGCUUCCGAAUAGUGUUGUGUGUCAAAUAGGUUCUAGUGUAACUGAUAAAGGACUCUCUUUAAAUUUGUCGGUUUACGGCGAGAAGCUGUCGCCGAAGGUUGUUAAGGAAGCUGAAGAAUUAGUUAGGAAAUCAAUAUCGUCGAACGUGUGGCUCGAGCUGCGCGUGUUGGACAGCGUGGGGCUGUCCCAGGAGCCCGACGUGGUGACCGUCCCCGGGGAGGCCUACCCCGAGACGGGGCUGCGGCUCGUCACUAUGUCUGGCCCACUGCCUUCACGCGAGCUAUGCUGCGGCACGCACGUCCCGUCAACGGGCGAGCUGGGAGACUUCCUCAUCACGCUGGUGAAGGGCGCCGGCGGCAACGCCCCCAAUAUACACGCGAUCACUGGCCACGCCGCCGCUGAGGCUCGAGAACAAUUCUGUCGCGCUGAGAAGCUACAGCAAGUAUUGGAGCUGGUCAGCCCUGAGCGCAAGGAUGAGGAGCUGAACUGCAUCAAGCAGCAGCUGGUCAGGAUAUGCGGCAGCAGCGGCGCGCCGCAAGGGGAGUACGCGCAGUGUCUGGCGCUGAUCGACAGCAUUAAGAAGACUGAAGUUAACAAAACCGAACUUGCUUUGCAGGCAGUAGCAGAAGAGGAAGUCAGGGAGGUCCUCGCCGAAGCGUCUCACUCGCGGCGGCGGUUCGUGGUGCACUUCCUGCGGUGCUCGUACCUCAUGCAGGCGGCCGACCUGCGCCGCGCGCUGCAGCCGCCGCCCGCCGCGCCCGCGCUCAUGCUGGGCUGCGCAGGGGGAACCAUCAUUGCUGCGUGCCAUGUGCCCCGGGAGCUGGUGACAGACUCGUUCACGGCGACGAGCUGGUUGACCUGCGUACUGCCAGUGUUCCAAGCACAGCUGGAGCCCACAGACUGCGCGACCUACGCGGAGAUGACCGCCACCAAGGUGAGCCUAAUAACGUGCGAGCAGAUGGUCCAGGACGCGAUGCGCGUGGCCAUCAAGUUCGCGCAGUCCCACGCCCAGCGCUGGGACUCCGGCGACUCCGGCGAGCCCAGCAAGGACCGCCGACAGAACUAGUCUGUAGCUUUAGUCUGUAUUUGUACCUUAUGAACAGCGAUCAGGAUGGGUAUUGCCAUUUGCGAGAUUUGUCAUAACAUGGAUAUGCCUCCCAAGUCUUUUAUUUUAUCUAUUUUUUUUGGACGUACAGCCAAGGAGCAAUAGUUCUAUCACUGAGUCCAGCGAAUUAUUUGUACAGAGUGGUGAAAUUAUGAACCAUUAAUUGUCAUAAUUAUAAAAUUUGUUUUUGUAGGGGUUUUAACGACAGGAGGUCUUAAUUGCAACCAGUUAAUUUAUUACUCUGCAAGAAACUGAUGUCCUUAGAAGAGGUUUAGUACGAACUACUCUGAACCGGCGUGCGUGUAUGUAACGAUUGAUGAGUGUGGAGGAAGCGAGAGAAAUUUGUCAGGAUCGAAGUAAAUAGAAUUCCAUAGACUUUGCUUCCUGUAUUUAUUUUUAUCGAGGCUUGAGCCACUCUUGACGGUUAUGCUAGCCUCAUAUUUUACAGCAUUUAAUGAUAAUCACUUUACAGUAGAUCAAUACUACAGAUCUACACCAUACCGUUGAGGGGUUGUAAUUCCUAACAGACACAGUAAAUCUCGAAACACAAUAUUAUAUUUUUUAUUAAACAUUUAUAUUUAUUUUGUGAAUUAUUUUGGUCAUUUGUUACGUAUUUGUUUUUUUUUAUUAUUAUUAUUUACCUUUGAUGGGUUUGCUCUUGACCCCAAACUUGCCCGAAGGUAUUGACGAAGCCGAAGAUGGAGCGAGCUCGCCCAAAAGGUGCUUGUUCACUAUGGCCUUGAAAGCACCCGGGUUAUAUGCAUUCGGAAAUACAGAAGACUGCAAAGAAUUCCAAUCAAUAGCAGUGCGCAUAAUGAAGGACGAUGCGAAGCGCUUUAUGCGAAUAGUUUAUUAUUCAUUAUUUGGUCUGGAUCGUAAAUUUUUUACAAUUAUAAUAUUACUAACUGUACUUAUGAUAUCACAAACAGUUUACUUUUAUUUAAUACAAGAAAAGGACAAUAUUAUUAUGUAACGUAAUCUCGAAAAUAUCGAAGUCAUAUCCAUGUUAACGACAACAUUCAGGGUUAUUGGCGCCAAAUGGGCCCCAAAUGACCUAUCCCUAUCACAACUUACGACCGUGACGCCAUUACGCUGUUUUCGCAGAAUGGCCCUUUCUCAUAAUGACCCCCCCCCCCCCCCCUGCUGGUCUAAAAACGUCACAUGGAAGCAAUUUAUCUGAAAAGCAAUAAUGCUAUUUGACAUUUGCGCAUACAUAUUUGUUUUGUUUUUAUUUUCCCCGAAAGGGCAAGGUACGUAAGACAUGGCUGUAUGGGCAUAGUUCCCUUUGCCUUACCCUUCGGGGAAAACCAAAACAAAAAAAAAAGAAAGGGCAAGGCAAAGGGAACUAUGCCCAUACAGCCAUGUCUCAUGUUCCGAUAUAAUAACACUAUUUGUUUUCCGACUAACUUGAGAUCAUUAACCACAAAACGCCACUUCGUAUUAAUUAUUUAGAUUAUUCAAUGAAAAAGCUAUGUCGGCAGGCAUUCACAUUCCCGCCAAAAAGCCUUGCGCAUACAUAACUAAGUGCGCAAUGCAAACAAAUAUCAAAUAGCAAUAUUGAAUUGUAGGUUAAUUGCUUCGAUGUGGCCUUUUUAACCAUCUUCUUUCUUCUUCGAAACUUCGAUGUGUAAUAAUAAUACAUUUUGUUCAUUGUAAUUUCAUCUACAUUUCACAAAUUUUGUCGUUGUAUACAAUCAGGUAAGAUUAAAGAUUGAUUUGAGAUCGAAUGAGGGGCUUUUCAGGCUACGUUCCCAAGAUGGCACUGUAAAAAAAAUCCUUCGUUUAACCUUGUAAUUUGAUGGAUAACAGACAUAUGCAUCUUUUAUCUUUGUUUUUGGGUAUAUAUUAUGACUCUUUACACCCAGGCAUAAUACAUCUUCCACCCGUUAUUGUUGUCAUCAAAAUAAAGAGAAGCAAUAUAGGUAGCAACCCCCAACUCACCUAAUAAAUCUGGAAGAAAUCUCUUUAAGUGAUAAGGCCGCUAUUUGCCAUGCACCUAGUCUUGUAACUAUUUUUUUGUAUUUUGAUGCAAUAAAGUAUAUUUGUAUUUAUAGUAACAUAAUUCUAUAUAUAAUUUGAUCGGAAUAUCAAACAACAAUAGCUUAUUUGAUCAUCACGAUGAACAUAGCAACUUGUUAUUCUUUAUGUGAGGUUAGUUUGACUGCUUUAGAUAAUAAAACUUACUGAUGUUUGUGAGACGAACGAACUGAGGAGACUAGCGUUGAAAAUUCCGAAAGAAACAAAUUGUUUUUUUCGGUGAAAAAAACGUCAGUUCGUUUUUUACCGUUUUAUUUGUUUGUUACAUUGAAAUAUAUCAGAAAAAAACCUUAGGAAAAAAACGGGUAUUUAAUUAAUUUUCGCCGUUUAAUUCGACAAAUUAGAAAAAAACGAUUGAAAAAAACAAGUUUUUAUCACCAAAUUUUUAAAACAAUAAUGCAUAUUGUAUUUCUAUCUUGCUCACAAAUCAGAUACAAAGUCACUGUCGCUUUCUGAAGAAUCAGUAUUACAAGGCUCAAAUUCAAAAGAUUUAGAUUGCAUUAAAUGUAAAUUUGAUCUAACGUAUACUAGCACGUGAAUUGUUAAAAUUAUUCAAUAAGACUGAAAAGUACCUAACUACUAAAAUUAGGUUGCAGUAAUGCGUGCGUGACAUGAACUAAGUAUCUGUGGGUCGGUAUGAGCGUAUGACAACAAAACAAGAAAAAAAACAUUCGACCCUCCUAUAUAUAAUAAAAAUAUUCUUCUAAAAACAUUAAUACUUUUCCGUUUCUUUCAUAUUUUUCCGGUUUUUUUCGUUUUAUUCAUAAAAAACAUGAAAUAUUUCAUAUUUAUUUUUCUUGAAACUUUCGAAUAAAACUUGUAUAAAAACGAAAGAAUUUGAAAAAAACGGGAAAAAUUCCCGCUUUUUUCAACGCUAGAGGAGACUGGUACCGAGACAAACCGUAUUGUGGUUUAACGGUAUCAGUGGUUUAAAAAAAAAGUUUGACAACCUAGUCAAAUGAGAUACUUUUUACGAAAUGUCAAAACGAAAAUUUUCUUUGGAGUUUAUAUGGAAAUAAUGUCCUGUGACGUCAUCAAUAAAAGCGGUCAAACGUCGUACUCAUUUUUACUUAAUUCAUAAAUAAAAUUAGAAAUUAAGUCGAAAAGUAAAAUGAGAUUGAUUUUUGAUCAUCUUAGACUGGCUUCUAUAUUUAGAUUAGCAUUUUAUAAUUUAUCUUUGACCUAGCCAAAUACCCUGUUAUUUUUAUAUAUGCAUGUAUCAUUGCGUUAUAUUUUUGAAAGUUUAUUUAUUUAUUUGUUUGUACACAAUAAAACAGACACAAGAAACAUACAAAGAAAACAGAUAGUACAGGCAAGCUUAUCUCUAAACAAAGAGAUUUCUUCCAGCUGACCUACGUGACAAGAGAGACUUUCAACGUAUAAUAUUAUAUAGAUAGACAUACAUACGCGUACAAAAUAUUUAGAAUUACUUAUACUAAUAUAAAACAAAAUAUUAACCUAAACCUACAAACCACAUUUAAAUAAAUUAUAUAUUAUAUAUAUUUCAUAAAUAUAUUAUAAUAAUUUAUGUACCUGAGUAAGGAGAAAAUAGAUAAUUAUCACGUUAAAUCUGGACAGCGCCAUCUAUAUUAUCUUCGGGGAAGGUAGCCUGGAAAGUCCCUUAUUGAUUGAAGAAUUUCGUGUUAUGGUGAUUGAGAGCGAGUAUCAAAGCUGGCACAGCCAUCGUUAAUAGGUGCUUGAGUAAAACUCAACAUAAUAAAUAUAAUAACCUAUAAAACGUAGCAUAAUUAGAGUGCAUAUCUCUCGUCUCUUUCGCGCUAGACGAUGUAUUAUAUCUCUGUCCUGCUUUCAUUCUAUUCAUGAUACGUUUUGUAAGGCAUAGUCAUAUGACACGAUCACAAUACAAUUAUAUAAGUAAUGGAUGUGAUUAGUGGUGUACCGUUCUCGGAAUGUUCCCAAAGUGGGAAAAACUGUAAUAGUAAAGACACUGGGCCUGUGCCCAGCAGUGGGACGUAUAUGGACUGUUUAUGUAGGUAUGUCUGUAGUAAAGACACUGGCUGCUUUUCUUACUUUAGAACCCUGUCGCACUAUCAUAUUUGACGUUGUAUAUUUGUUGUUGUGUAUACAUAUGUAUACACUUUGAAACCAUUUCACAUUAACUUUUGUGACAAAUUAAGCCGAAAGUCUCGUUAAACGUCAAAUAUGAUAGUGCGACAGGGUUCUAAAGUGGGUACAUGGAAUUGCUUAUGACUGUACUCUGUUCUUAUCUGUCUAAAGCAGUGGUUCCUAACCUGGGGGUAAUUACCCCCUCAGGGGUAAAACGGAAAUUCUAGGGGGGGUAACACGGGAUGGCACGAAAUAGUAUUAUAACUCUUGUUACUUUAAAAACAAAAGCCAGAAACCGUCUGAAUGUUGAGCAUCACAUGAGAUGCGCGUUGAGUGAAACCGAACCUAAUAUUGUCAAACUUGCGAAUGCAAAGCAAUUUCAACCUUUACACUAGUUAACUCCGUUACUAGCUACCUAAACGUGCAUUUUCUUACUUACAUAAUAAACAUAUAUUCGUUCGAAUUUGUGUGGUUUUAAUUAUUUUAAAUUAGGGGUAAACGCAAUUUCCAUACUUGUUCACAGGGGUGUGACAUUAAAAAGGUUAGGAACCACUGGUCUAAAGGCCAGGUGAUAAAAAUAUUUUUACAUAAGUUUUGUGCCUUAUUACUACGGAACGGCACGUCACUGGAUGCGAUUCUUUCAAGGUCAAACUAUCGGUUGAUUUCUCUGGUUUUAAUUGGUUUGCUUUGACAAUAAUAAUAACAAAACGUAAGCUCAGCGAGCAAUGGCGGCCCUAGGGCGCAGAAAUGGGGGGAGGCAAAAUCAACCAAGAUUGGUCCACCUGGGAACUAAAACUUCAUCGGGUUAGAUUGCGGCCACAUAAAACUUAUACCAGUUGGCCGUAAACACCAUUUUUAAAAGAUGUAGGGUGGUAUUAAACGAAUCUCGGCUGAGACUGCCCUCAAGAUCAUGCCCUUGUUGUAUUUAAGAAUAAUGAUAUACAGGGUGUUAGUGACAUCGUAACGAAAACUUUGAGGGAUGAUUGAGACCAUGAUUCUGAGAUGAUAUCAAGUGGAAUUUUCCGUCGCAAAAGUAUGGAACAGAAAAUAACUUAAAAAAAAUUUCAUGAAUUUUCCGACUGAAAAUUCCACUUCAUUUCAACUCAGAAUCAUGGUCUGAAUCAUCCCCCUCAGUAUUCUUUACGGUGUCACUAACACCCAUACCUACUUGUAUGGCUACAGUAUGUACUUGCGCGGGGUGUAAGUGACAUCGUAACGAAUACUGAGGGGGAUGAUUCAGCUGAUUAUUCUGAGUUAAUAUCAAGUGGAAUUUUUCAUCGCAAAAGUAUAGAAUUGAAAAUGAUUAAAAAAAAACUAAAAAAAAAUCAUGAAUUUUGCGACGGAAAAUUCCACUUGAUAUGAACUCAGAAUCAUGGUCUCAAUCAUCCCUCAAAGUUUUCGUUACGAUGUCACUAACACCCUGUAUACAAAAAAAAUCAACAAUGAUUGACCUUGAAAGAAUAGUGCAUUUAUUUUUGAGAAUGCUGAACUUAUUGCAUUUUGAUGUUCAUAGUGCUGAUUUUAGCAGACACUUGUCAUUUUCUUAUCCGCCGAAAAGGAAAGAGACGGAUGAUUGACAGCUGUUAAUUUUAAAAUUAAUUAAUAACCCGGGCGAAUCAAAUAGGCCUCUCUGUCAAGCAACCCAUUUGACAUGUUCCGUCAACUUAAUUCUGUCGGCCUAAACGUAAAAUUUUAAAAAAAGUUGGUUAAUAUUUCUGUCUUAAAGUGACGUGUGGUGUGUCCCAUAAAGUUUAGCCUAACAAUUACCCGUCCCUUUCCUUUUCGAUAUAUAAGAGAAUGACAGGUACAACUUUAUAAGAGGAGAGGUGUCUACUGUAAUCACCACUAAAUUGUGUUAAGAUAUUUUAGUCUUCCUUAUAAUAAUUGCUUUACUUUUAUUUUUGUAAAUAAACUAUGAAUUUUUUUAGA